AUUUAUUUUAUUCUUCAUUAUGUGAACAUCUUGGUACUUUCCACAGAAAGACACACCUGCAUUAGCAGUGACCGUGCUCUCAUGGUCACGUAAACCACUGAAUUUAAGAAAGCUGUGAAUGUUUCUUUCUUUACACAAUGCUUGCCCAUGAGAUGAUGAGGGGGUCUUUUGUUUCCGAGCGGACAGGUGACAGUUUUGCGGUAGGAAGCUCUGAUGCUUAUUUUCCCCUCUGUGAGUGUUUAUAAAAGUGUGAGUAGUGGUGAGCUGAGGUAAUACGCAUCAGACUCAAAAGAGAAGAUGAGGUGUGUUUCGGUAACCCUUCUGCUGUGCCUGGCUACAAUGCUGCUCGCUCAAGUUAACUGCCAAAUAAGUGGCCGGGCAAAUUGCCUUUGUCUCAAGACAUCAAAUCGGGUUCCUCGGAAGGAAAAUAUUGAAAGCUACAUGAUACAAAAUGCAGGCGUCUGCCAUAUUGAUGCUAUUUUAUUUAAAACCGUUAGAGGUCGUUUCAUUUGCGCUGAUCCAAAAAUCCCUUUGGCAACAGAAGCCAAGAAAUAUGUGGACAAGAAAAAGGCAACAAGAGCCCUUCCCGUAAACUCUGCAUCAACAUUUAAAACAUUGAGUACCACAUCACAAUGGAGUACAACGGGAUGAACUAAGAACUACUUCAGUUGAACUAUCCAAAUUUUUAACAUAUAUCGGUGAUGUUUGUGUUGGAUUUUGUUAUUUGCACAUGGUUCAUUAAAAUGUUUUAUACAAAGUAUAUUUUAGUGCUGUGCAUGAUUUAAAAAAAAUAAUAAUAUUGAGCUUGAAAAUAAUUUUAGCAUCAUAAAGAUACUAUUACAGUUUUUAUUCAUAUAUUGAAUGAUUUCUUUAUGUUUUAGUUCGAAUCUGAGUAAGUUUGUUGAGUGACUGUCAUUUUGAUAAAUGUUUUUUAUAGUUCGUUUGUCGUUCAAUUGUGGUUUAGUUAUUUAUAGUAAAUCAAGAUGAACUAAAUGAAAAUGAGAACUGUCAUUUUGGCAGCUAUAUGAAAUAAUGAUAAUAAUAAAAAAGUUCAUUUCAGUUAAAGUUUAUUUUAUUCUAAGUAAGAUUUUAUUCCGAGUAAGUUUGUUCCAAGUCAGCUCAAUUUAGUGUUUUCCCCUAUGUGGUUAAUAAAUAACCAAUAAAAAUGUAAGUAGCUGUGUGAUUAGGUUUGCAAUGGAUUCAGAACUGAAUGUAAAAUUCAAAAAAUUAUUUAUUCUUUAAAAUUCCUUA